UUGAGCAGUUGAUAGACACGACACCAGCAGCAGCAGCAGCAGCAAUGGCGGCCGGAGCAGGAGGAGACGACCUGAAGCUGCUGGGCAUGUGGGCGAGCCCGGCCGUGCUGCGGGUGCGCCUCGCUCUCAGCAUCAAGGGCAUCAGCAGCUACGAGUACCAAGAGGAGGACUUCGACAACAAGAGCGAGCUGCUCCUCCGCUCCAACCCCGUCCACAAGAUGGUCCCCGUGCUGAUCCACGCCGGCAAGCCCGUCUGCGAGUCGACGGUCAUCAUACAGUACCUCGACGAGGCUUUCGCCGGCGACGCCCUCCUCCCGGCCGGCCCCUACGAGCGCGCCGUCGCCCGGUUCUGGGCCGCCUUCGUCGACGACACGCUCCUGAAGGCCAUGUACCAGGCGUCGUGGAGCAAGACGGAGGAGGAGAAAGCGGAGGGGAGGAAAAAGGUGGCCGCCGCCAUGAAGACCCUGGACGGAGCCCUUAGCGACGUCGCCGGAGGGAAGCCGUUCUUUGGCGGCAACGCCCCCGGGUACGUGGACACGGUGCUCGGCGGCCUCCUCGCGUGGGUGCGCUCCGUGGACGUGAUCAAUGGCGUCAAGACCAUCGACCCUGAGACGAUGCCGCUCCUGGCCGCGUGGGCGGACCGCUUCGGCGCGCUGGACGCGGUGGAGGCGGUCAUGCCGGACGUGGACAGGCUGGUGGAGUUCUCCUUGUCCUUGACAACGUAGGCUCAUGCUGGGGACGAGGCCGCCUGCCACAGCAAACUAUUUUGUUUCAAAACAUUGCCGCUAUUCUCUCUUUCGUGUUCCCCCGGUAGCGUUCACUAUUUAGUUUUGUUGUUGUUGAGUGAGCCACAAAGCUUUAUUA